UCUAUGUAGAGUAUAACUAUAGUAACCCGUGCUUUCUUUUGUAACUAUAGUAAUCCAUGUUUCCAUUUGACAAUUGAGCAAGAUCAGCAAGAUGAAGAUUGGAUUGUGUGCAUAUAGUGGAUAUAAAAUAUAUCCCGGCCAUGGGAAAACCAUGGUUAAAACUGAUGGCAAGACAUUUACCUUCUUGAACGCGAAAUGUGAAUCGUCAUACUUAAUGAAGAGGAAUCCCAGGAAAGUUACGUGGACCGUGCUGUACAGGCGUAAACACAAAAAGGGCCAGGAAGAGGAGCAGGCAAAGAAACGCACACGUCGCACGCAAAAGUUCCAGAGAGCCAUUGUGGGCGCUUCUCUUACAGACAUCAUAGCCAAGAGGAAUAUGAAACCAGAAGUCAGGAAAGCCCAGCGUGAACAGGCUAUAAGGGCUGCAAAAGAGCAGAAGAAGGCUGUAAAAGCGGCAAAGAAGGUUCAGGCUCCACCUAAGACAAAGGCUGUUCCAAAACAAAAAGCUUCCAAAGUCCAGCAGAAGAGUGCACCACGUGUUGGAGGAAAGCGUUGAUAGCAUUGGUUGUACAUCCUUUGUUAAAUAAAGUGAUAUUCAUGCGUAAAUAA